AUGAAUAAUAGUUCUUUUGGAGUAAUUCAUGAAAAAGAUAUGAAACAAAUAACAUUGAAAAAUAUUGAUAUUGAAGCUAAUAUCGUUGAUAUGAUUGCGGAAGUGAAAGUUAUCCAAACUUUUAAGAAUGAAACCUCGGAAACUCUUCAAACGGAAUAUUCUUUUCCAUUUAUCUCAUCUGCGGCGAUUUAUAAAUUCGAAGUUGAAACUGACGGAGGAAAAACCAUCGAUGGUGUAAUUAAAGAAUCUUAUGAAGCCAAUCAAGAAUUUAAUGAGGCAGUUAAAGUAUUUAUAUGA